AUGUACAGUGAAGACUGGCAGAUGUCUGGGUCAGGGUCAAUAUCAGGAACUGGUUCUGAUUCUGAAUCAGUGGAAGACAGAGAGAAAAGCAGUUGUGAAGAUAGUGAAUCUGACUAUGAGCCAAAAAACAAGGUCAAAAGCCGGAAACCUCCAAGCAGAAUUGAGCCAAAAAGCAGCAAAAAGAUUGCAGGACAGAAAAAGAGGCAGCUUGAUUCAUCAGAUGAUGACUAUGACAAGAGAGGAGGUCGUCGCCAGGCAACAGUCAAUGUUAGUUACAAAGAAGCUGAAGAAACCAAGACAGAUUCUGAUGACUUGUUGGAAGUUUGUGGAGAAGAUGUCCCACAGCCUGAAGAAGAUGAAUUUGAAACUAUAGAGAAGUUUAUGGAUAGUCGAAUUGGCCGAAAAGGAGCCACUGGUGCUGCAACCACCAUCUAUGCAGUUGAGGCAGAUGGUGACCCAAAUACUGGGUUUGAAAAGUCAAAGGAGCUAGGAGAAGUACAGUAUCUUAUUAAAUGGAAAGGCUGGUCACACAUCCAUAAUACCUGGGAAACUGAGGAAACACUGAAGCAACAAAACGUUAAAGGAAUGAAGAAACUAGACAACUAUAAGAAAAAGGAUCAGGAAACAAAGCGCUGGCUGAAAAAUGCUUCUCCAGAAGACGUGGAAUAUUAUAACUGCCAGCAGGAACUUACAGAUGAUCUACAUAAACAGUAUCAAAUAGUGGAAAGGAUAAUUGCUCAUUCAAAUCAGAAAUCAGCAGCUGGUUAUCCAGAUUAUUAUUGCAAAUGGCAGGGUCUGCCUUACUCAGAAUGUAGCUGGGAAGAUGGUGCUCUCAUUGCCAAAAAAUUUCAGGCAUGUAUUGAUGAGUAUUUUAGCAGAAAUCAAUCCAAGACCACUCCAUUUAAGGAUUGCAAGAUUCUAAAACAAAGGCCGAGGUUUGUAGCACUAAAGAAGCAACCAUCUUAUAUCGGAGGACAUGAGAGUUUAGAGUUAAGAGAUUAUCAGUUAAAUGGACUGAACUGGCUUGCUCAUUCAUGGUGCAAAGGGAAUAGUUGUAUUCUUGCAGAUGAAAUGGGUCUGGGUAAAACAAUACAAACAAUUUCUUUUCUGAACUACCUGUUUCACGAACAUCAACUGUAUGGGCCUUUCUUGCUAGUCGUGCCCCUUUCUACCUUGACAUCUUGGCAAAGAGAGAUUCAAACUUGGGCUCCUCAGAUGAAUGCUGUGGUUUACUUAGGAGACAUAACUAGCAGAAAUAUGAUAAGAACUCAUGAAUGGAUGCAUCCACAGACCAAGCGAUUAAAAUUUAAUAUACUUCUAACAACUUAUGAAAUUUUGCUGAAGGAUAAG